GGCGCGCAUGGGCCAAAGGAUACCUCCUGUGUAUGGAUCGGAAAAGCGAUAGAAAGUAGAAAUCUUGUAUCCUGGAUUCAUCAGGACCCCACCACUAUCACCAGCAGUACUUGGUGGGACGCCACGGGUAAGGAAUUCACAGGUGGCCAUGAAGGGCCUCCAGGCAUGGAUGCGAUCCUUUGUGCAGUCAACAUCUUCGGGCAGGAUGACACGUACAGGCUCCCGGAGGGCCAGAAGGGAGCGGUAUACAACGCCUAUUGUCGCAAGAAUUCUGGUGAGAUUACAUACUGGUCAGUCGAUUACAGCAUAGGGAAGUGCCUGGUCAAAUUCGCCGACGGGAUCAGUAAGACAAAAAGGGACUCAGGGAGCUGGGUAGGAUGGAAGGUCGAGAGUAAGUUGGCUCCCUCUUUCUGGGCUCGAAGGUUUUCUGUAACUAAUGGGCUGACAGGUGUGCAAAUGGUGGACGACGAUGCAAGAUUCGAGAAGACGAUCUAAUUCGUGCAAUAAAGAAGGUCAAG